CAUGAGUUAUAUAAUCAGUACAUGGUUGCAAUUUCAAUUACAUGUUAAAAAAUAUACUGUCAGUGAAAUAAAAACAAAUUAGAGGACAAAGUUUAAGCUCUGUUAGCUUUGACGCGCUCCCGUCUGUUUAAUACUGAGAAAAACAUGGCGGCGUCCUUGAGUAACGCAGGGAACGUGAGGCUUCUGAGCGUCUUGGCCAGGUCCGGCUCACUGCUCAGCUCCUCUGGAAGCAGAAGUCUCCACGUCACUGCGGUGUGCUGCAAGAAUCGAGCAGCUCGUGUCCGAGUGGGGAAAGGAGACAACCCUGUGUCCUACGAGCACGCACAUGCACCUCAUCACAUUGCCCACCGCAAAGGAUGGCUGUCACAGCAUACCAGUAACCUGAAAGGACAAGAGGGAGCAGCUGAACGGACCAUAGAGGACGUGUUCAUCAGACGCUUCAUAUUCGGGACCUUCCACGGCUGCCUCGCCAACGAGAUUGUGCUCAAGCGGCGGGGCAAUCUCAUCAUCGUGUGCGCUUUAAUGUUACAGAAAUUACCCCCAACAAAGUUUUACUUCUUGAUAGGCUACUCGGAGUCGCUGCUGUCGCACUUCUACAAAUGUCCCGUCAAGAUAGAAAUCCAGACCCUGGCGGAGAAAGCUGUGUACAAGUACCUCUGAUAGAGCUGUAAUACUACAUGUGUCCUGCGGUAUAACACCAGUUGGAUUUGUGUUUUUGUUCCUGUCUCCAUUCCUGCUCACAAUGAUGCCGUCUUCUGUUUCCUAUAUCCCCAAAAUGAACAUUAUUCAUUUAUUACCCACUCGAAGGUGUUCAGCCUCUUUGAUUUUGUGAAACAGACUCUUGGAGUUAAAGGAAAUGCAAUCAUGUGUGUGUGACUGAAACAUUAUGCCUGGAAUUGUCAAAUAAAUAUAGCAAACAAAGUUUA